AUGGGACUACCGAACCUCAAUCUCAUGAUCGUGAGCAAGCUAUCGAGGAUGUGCGAGCUCGCAUCGAGCGCCUCGAAAAAGUCAUCGAGGAUGCCGUCGAGGCGAAGAGCACUGUCGCUGAUGUUCUCGAAGCGCCUUAAGGGUGCUGGAGCAACACAUAAGGAGGCUGAGGAUUUCGGGAAACAGUUCAUUCAGCUGUUCAAAGCCCAACAUGGUAGCGUCAAAGGUCCAGGAUCUCAACAGAUCGAGGGGGAAUGUGAGGGUACCCCUGAGGGUCUCAAUGAGGACGAAGCUGCUGAGUUCCGACAGAAGCGUGAUUCCCUCCUUGGAGAGCAGCCCCAGGGCAAUGAAGAGGAAGCUGACCGAUACCGCCGCGCUGUCGACGCUGCUGAGUGGCAGCUUGUUUUGGCGAAACUUGCUACCAUGGCGGCGAGGCCCAAUUCUUCAGCUGGGAAAGGAUCCUUCUUGGAGCUCCUCAAAAUCUUUGACAGAUCCAGUGCAUCUACAUCUCGGUCAAUCCCCUCGAUGGUUUUGGAUGGUGCUCCACACCUACAGAACCUAUCAUCCAACACUAUCAAGGACCCUCACCUGGACGAAACAUGGAGACUCCGACUCCUUUUCGCUGGAAAAGAGACCAUCAACAGCAUCGUUGACCAUCUUCAAGCCCAGCCUGUUGAUCAACCACUCCCUCGCUCCAUCUGGAGAUUGCUUGUACAGGACCAAUAUGUUGAUUUCGAGAAGCUGUUCGCCUCGAUGGAUCCGAACUACAAUCACAAUGAUGAUCCGAAGGAUUUUGGGGGUGGUUUUGCUCUUGUCAAGAAGGAGCUCGCAACCGCUAAAAAGACCCUUCGGACCAAAGCCGAUUGGAUUCGAGUUUUCGCUGCCUGGCGCAAAGGAACCAUCCUCCUCUAUCCUCAUCGAUUGGAAGAGCUCCAAGCCUAUUCCCACCUGGUCUCUGAUGUUUUCUGUGCCUGCCCGAAUGAUCCUUCAAAUGGCAUACGCUUCGACCUCGAAAGCCAUCAACGUUAUGCAAAGAGUCCUUAUCGGCUGGAUGACAAGGCCCAAUCAUUUGUGUCGAUCCUGGGUCAGGUUUUCCGUGGGACAAAGAGGCAGUCUGAUUCGUCUCUGGUGAACCGUGCAAGAACAGUCGGAGGCAUGGUCUCUGUAGUGAGUGUGGUGGUCAGCACCGAGCAAGAGACGUCGCAGCGUGCUAUGCUGCUUUCCAAACUUGCAGAGGAAAAGGAGCUCGCUCUGGUGGCGCAGAGGGCAGCGGACCUAGCGGCAGUGGGGCCUAAGCAGUUCGUCAAGACAGAUGUGAAUCUCAAGCGUCCGGCAGCAGCGCCCCUGGAUGUACCACCUCGCUAUCGCCGCGGAUUUGUCUGGUCCAACUCUGCUUCUCUCUGUGAAUCUCCGGCCGCUCUUUUAACCUUAUCUGCUCCUCCUUUGCCAUCUCCACCUUCUCAUCUCAUUGAUGACCCUGCACUGAUCUCUUCUCUUUCUGCAAUGCAAGGCUUUGUCAAGGUUGACACCCCAUUCAACAUUGAUCGCCUUGAAUCUCUUCUAUCUGAUCACCCCAAUCAUCCUUUUGUUGACUCAGUUAUCCGUGGCCUUCGUGAAGGUUUCUGGCCAUUUGAGGAUGGGGACUGGGAUAAGGAUGCUACCAAACCCUUGUCCAACUUUGCGCCUGAGGUUGAAGACCUUGAUGCCAUUUGA